GGGUGGUUCGCUCUCGCUGGUGCUCCGGUGCUUUCGCUUUUCCGAGUCCAGUGUGUUUCGCCAUCCGAGAAACCCGCGUACGUUGCGUGUCAAACGCAAAGUGUCUAAGAACUGACCCAGCAGAAUUGCAGCAAUGUCCACUCAAAGGACAAUGUUAGUGAACAAGCAGUUCAACUCUCCGAUCAAUCUUUAUUCACCGCAAACAAUACAGGAAACUUUGGAUAGACAGACCCAAGUUUUGGCUAACGGUGCAGUCGGGAUCGACUUCAACCAGUUAGCCAAACCGACGAACUUACAAAACAGUGCGGUUCUACGGAUGCUUGAAGAGGAAGAGGCCAGGCAACGAAGCGGUCAACCAUCUCUUAAACGGGUAGCUUGGCCACCGCCUCCAGAGGAACAAGACUACGACUUCGUGGAACAGGGACCAGUACAAGCGAAGACCCGUGGAAUCGGUGAUUUCGCCUCGUACCAGAGCAGUCCCUCGUCAGGUUCGUCACCUCAACCACCGUCGACGAUCGCUCGUUCGUCGACGCAGAGUGCCGUCCCAUCGUCCCCGUCGCCGGUUAGUCCUGGCGGAACACUUCGACAACCCUCACGCUUCCAACAGCAGUCUGCGCCGAAGGGUUGGGCGCCAGUAACACCCCCUGCGACUUCCCCGAUACCGCAGCAACCCUUUCAACCGGUCUCUUGGUCCAGCCAACAGCAACUGAACCAGCAUCCGCAGCAACAACCACAAGACUAUAACUCGUCGCAACGACAACCACACAAUCAAUCCCCCGCUGCAUUCGAAGCACCACCAUCCACAAUCAUACUUCGUCCGGAGCCUCCAAUCUCACAGGCACCAGCGCCAGUUUACCAAGCACAGCCUGCCGCAACAAAGGCUCCAGUUAGUGGAAACAUGAGAGGAGACCUGAAGUGGCCACCGGCAUCGGUGAAAGCUCAAACAGAAGCCGAAAACAAAGCCAGAAUGGAUUUGGCGAAAGGUCCAGCCGUCAGACCUCGCAGGGUGAACAAGGACUAUAGCGGCUUCUUUGCUCAACAUGCCUUGAACAGCACGUACCCUGGUUACCGAGCUCCGCCUGGCACUCAAUAUUUCACCCCAUCCUAUCAACAUUAGCAAAUCUUGUUCGAUGAUUAUUUACUUACUUUUAAACGUCCUGAGCUUGACUUUUCGUAAUGAUUACUUGGAUACAUUUCAUUCAAAAUAAGAAAUAUAUGUGGAAAAUCAAUUGAAAGUUUAGUUGUACGUAAGGGAUAAAAGCAUUUGUAUGGUAAGAAUAUGAAAUCAGAAAAGUCUGUUUUUCAAAAUUGAUAAAAAUAUUUGAGCAGAACGAGGAAAUAAAUCAAAGCAAAGGACGUUUCUGUACGUUCUUGCUACCGAAAACAGGUUACAUUUCUUACAACUAUUAAUAGUAUAUAAACUAAGUGGAUACUAAAACAAAAAAACACCUACCACUCUUUUUAGCCAAAUAUAAUGCCUGAACUUUACGGCUUAAGAUAGCAAAAUUUUCGAACAACGUAAUACAUCAAAAUAAACUUCAAAUAACAUGUAAUACCAACUUUUAACCGCCAGUCCAUAUUAAAAUCUAUUAUAAUAAAUGUAGAUAUUUCAUUCCCAUAUUCUGACUACACGAAUACGUUUGUCCCUCGUAACAUAUGUUCGAUAAAAAUCGCUCAGGACUGUGUUCGUUGGAUUUCGAAAUUUGUACAUUGGAAAGAAAACUUAGAACCAAGUGAAUGACCAAUUAAUAUUAUAUCCGUAUCUCUUAAUUAGGGUUAUUUUUAUGUGGAACUUAGGACUGUACUCGGAUUACAGGGUACGUGUUCUUGCUCUUCCAGUUCUUCGUCCAAAAUUGGCUUUUAUACUUUCACGAGAUAUAUUUCUCAAGGUUCUUCAAACGCUUUCUGUUCGGAUUUCGAAUUUCAACAAUGACUUGUAUAUAUACUGAGACUGAUCAAGUGAUUGCUUUUUAUUGAACGCUAAUUAGUAAUUUAUAGCUUUAAAAGUCUUUAUCGUGCACUUAUUUUUAUUUUAGCGACAAACGUAACGCUUGUGGCCAGAAAAUAAUUUAUCUCGUGGAAGAAUGAUAUAGAAUUUAAAGGCGAAUCUUAGCGAAACAUUACGAUUGUACAAAUAAGAAAUUUUGAACGAAUAACGAAAAUCGAAAUGAAAUUAUACGAAAUUAUAUCGAGAAGAGUUUUAUAAAACGAUUCGACAAUCACAUGUCCAUAAAACGACUAACGGAAUAUUUUUAAUAAUGUAACAUACUGAUGUGUAUAAAUAAAGGGUAUUUACAA